AUGGUCCUCCAGAAAUCAUCAUCAUCAACAUCAUCUAUGGUGUUUAAAGUAACGAGAAAGCCAGCGGAGUUAGUAGCACCUGCUGGACCCACUCCCCAUGAGCUUAAGCUUCUCUCCGACAUUGAUGACCAACAAGCUCUACGCUUCCACUAUUCAGGGGUUCAGAUCUUUGCUUACAACCCUUCAAUGGCAGGGAAAGACCCUGUCCAUGUCAUUAGAGAAGCAUUGUCAAAAGCACUUGUGUUUUAUUAUCCAUUAGCUGGGAGACUUAGGGAAGGUCCUAGGGGAAAACUUAUGGUGAAUUGCAGUGGCGAAGGUGUAUUGUUCAUGGAAGCUGAUGCAGAUGUUACACUUGACCAUUUUGGUGUUGAUCCUCUUCCUCCAUUCCCUUGCUUUGAUGAGCUCCUCUACGAUGUUCGAUCUUCUCAUGAUGGAAUUAUUAACUCUCCACUCCUACUUUUACAGGUUAAAUUAUUUACACACACGAUGAUAGUGUCGUUAUAA